AUGAGAUUCCGACGCAUUGCACGCAACUAUCUGACGCACUGGUUCGCGGCAGACUUGGCCAUGAUCCUGUUGGAUGCAGCCUCCCUCUUCUUGAUGGAAGACGAUGCUAGGCCGUGGUUAAAUGGGAAGAUGUCCGACCGAUUCACCAUUCUGCGCGAGCUCUUCUUCACAUUGGAGUAUGAGCUGGAGUGGACCUCCGUGUACUUUGCCACGUUUGCAGGCGUUCUUCAACACCUGGGAGUCAUCGCCUUGCUCUGUCACUUUGUAGGUUGCGCUUGGUAUGCCUUGGGCGGAAUGUCCACCGCAGAGAUUACCUGGGUGAAAGCUCACAUCGUGGAAAGGGGAGAGGAGUUUAGUAACUCAGCCGGCUGGUUCUACUUCUACAUGUGCCUUUGCUAA